AAGGAUGCACACAAAGGAAUAAAACAUUUGAACAUCCUUUCAGUGGGAAAAGGUUCAGUGAGAAUUCCUUCCGGGUGAAGCACCUGAGGACUCCCACAAAAGGGAAACCCUUUGAAUGUCCUGAUUGUGGGGGGGAAAAUAGUCACAAUUUAGGUCUGGUGAUGAUGCACCAGUAGAUUGACUCCAGGGAGAAACUCUAUGAGUAUCUAGAUUGUGGGGAAAACAUCAUUAGAAAUUUCCAUCUCAAGAGACACCAGAGAACUCGCACAGAAGAAACACCCUUUGAAUGUCCUGAUUAUGGGAAACUCACAAUUCUAGCAAUGUGAUACACCCGAAGACUCACAUACAUUGAAUGCCCUGAUUGUCGGAAAACCUUCAGUUAAUAUUUUCAUCUUGGUGAUCCACCAGGGGACUCAUAAUUGAGAAAAACCCAUUCAGUGUCCAGACUGUGGGAGAAGUUUCAAUUGUAAUUUCCGCCUGGUAAUACAUCAGAGGAUUCACUCCAUGGAGAAACCUUGUAAGUGUAGAGAUUGUGGGAAAAGUUUCAUUAGUAAUUCCCACCUCUUGAGACAUAAGACCACGCACACAGGAGAGAAACCCUUUGAAUGUCCUGAAUGUGGGAAAAGAUGUAGUGAUAAUUCUAAUCUGGUGAAACACCAGAAGACUCACAAAAGAGAGAAACCCAUUGAACGUCCUUACUGUGGGAAAGGUUUUAAUCUGAGUUCCAGGUUGGUUAGCCACCAAAGGAUUCACACAGGAGAGAAAUCCUUUGAAUGUCCUGAGUGUGGGAAAAGUUUCAGUCGAAAUGCGCACCUGGUAAUACACCAGAGGACUCAUACAGGAGAGAAACCCUUCGAAUGUCCUAUCUGUGGGAAAAGCUUUAGUGAUAAUUCCAGCCUGAUGAAACACCAGAGGACUCACACAGGAGAGAAACCCUUUGAAUGUCGUGAUUGUGGGAAAUGUUUUAGUCGGAGUUCCAACCUGGUGACACAUCAGAGGACUCACACAGGAGAGAAACCCUUUGAAUGUCAUGAUUGUGGGAAAUGUUUUAGUCGGAGUUCCAUCCUGGUGACCCACCAGAGGACUCACACAGGAGAGAAACACUUUGAAUGUCGUGAUUGUGGGAAAUGUUUUAGUCGGAGUUCCAUCCUGGUGACACACCAGAGGACUCACACAGGAGAGAAACCCUUUGAAUGUCGUGAUUGUGGGAAAUGUUUUAGUCAGAGUUCCAUCCUGGUGACACAUCAGAGGACUCACACAGGGGGAAAACCCUUUGAAUGUCCUGAUUGUGGGAAAGAUUUUAGUCAGAGUUCCAUCCUGGUGAAACACCAGUGGACUCACACAGGAGAGAAAUCCUUUGAAUGUCCUGAUUGUGGGAAAAGUUUCAGUCGAAAUGCCCACCUGGUGAUACACCAGAGGACUCACACAGGAGAAAAACCCUUUGAAUGUCCUAUCUGUGGGAAAAGCUUUAGUGAUAAUUCCACUCUGGUGACACACCAGAGGACUCACACACGAGAGAAACCCUUUGUAUGUCCUGAUUGUGGGAAACGUUUCAGUCAGAAUUCCAACCUGGUGACACAUCAGAGGACUCACACAGGAGAGAAACCCUUUGAAUGUCGUGAUUGUGGGAAAUGUUUUAGUCAGAAUUCCAUCCUGGUGACACACCAGAGGACUCACACAGGAGAAAAACCCUUUGAAUGUCCUGAUUGUGGGAAAGGUUUUAGUCAGAGUUCUAUUCUGGUGAUACACCAGAGGACUCACACAGGAGAAAAACCCUUUGAAUGUCCUAUCUGUGGGAAAAGCUUUAGUGAUAAUUCCACUCUGGUGAAACACCAGAGGACUCACACAGGAGAGAAACCCUUUGAAUGUCCUGAUUGUGGGAAAUGUUUUAGUCAGAGUUCCAUCCUGGUGACACACCAGAGGACUCACACAGGAGAAAAACCCUUUGAAUGUCCUGAUUGUGGGAAACGUUUUAGUCAGAGUUCCAUUCUGUUGACACACCAGAGGACUCACACAGGAGAAAAACCCUUUGAAUGUCCUGAUUGUGGGAAACGUUUUAUGAGCUUUGGCACUUACCGUAGAUCAUUUGAGAUGAGUACUCCUAGGUCCUUAACAGAGUGA